CGUUGCGGCGCUGUCUCUUCGAGCGCACGUAUUCACAGAAAGUAUCUCUCAGUUAGCCGAACGUUGAGUUCAAUACGCGGCCGCAUGCUAUCUCGCUCGCACGCACAGAGCAAAUCCAAACGAAUACCUGUAAACGAGCGCGUCCGUGCAUGGGUGUGUGAGUGGAAAAGUCAGCUAGGAAAAUUGUGCAUGAAAAAUCGGAAAAUCUUUGUUAAAACAACGGCAAAACAAAAGCAAUGAAACUAAGAUUGCGUUUACAAUUGUGUCAAAUAUUCAUAUAAAAAACUGAGCACAUUCAAUUCAAUAAUCAUAUGUUUAGGAAUUUUCAUGUAUUUCUUUAUACGAGAACGGGAAAAUUCAUUCAACAACGGAAAAAUCGAUCCAAACAGCCAAAAUUUCAAGACUGCUGCAACGGAAUGUGCAAAUAUCAUAAAGGAAAUAUGCAAAACUAAAACAGCAACAAAUUGAGAAAACUUCGUAAAAGUUGUGCAAAGAUAGUGUGAACAGAGCGGAUAGGGUGAGAAAGAAAGAAAGGAGAGAAACAGUGAGCGAGUUGAAAAGUGAAUUACGUUAAUAGUUACAAAAAACGCGCAAUCGCUUGUAAAGCAACAGCCGCUGCAACAAGCAACAAGACAAUAAUAAUACACAUAAUAAUAAUAAUAAUAACAACAAAAACAAAAGCGGCGCUUAGUCAUCCGUGUGAGUUACGCCAGCGCAGCUUUACAGCUUUUGGGUAGUACGAAGUGCAAGGCACUUAUCUAUAUACUAAAUUUCUACCUGGCGCAUUACAGAUACUUUUCAAACUCUGUGACUGACAGUAAAUAAUUACGGAUGGUGCCCACGCCUACGCUACGCUACUGAUUUUAAUAACAGCAACAACAACAAAUAAAAGCUACAACAUCGUAGUAACCUGUUGUGGACUUUUGUUGUUCACCUUUCGCUAUUUACAAAAUACAGUCAGAUCUAGACAGGCACACAUACAGCAGCAAAAAGAGUGCGCAUUUAGCUUACAUAGUUCAGACCGUGGCACACCUGUUUGCAGCCAUUAUAGCCAAAUAGUACUAAGCAUCAGCGGUUGUUCAAUUCAACAAACAAUAAACAACAAACAUGUCGCGUCUAACGGAGGAAAUGGUCAUUGCCCGUUCAAAGCAAUCGGAUCUGGGUCUAAUUAAAAAGCUCAAUUGCUGGGGUAGUGAUCUCAGCGAUGUUAACAUAAUCAAACGCAUGCGGGGUGUUGAAGUCUUGGCGCUUAGCGUCAACAAAAUUACCACUUUGGCACCUUUUGAAGACUGCACAAAACUACAGGAGCUGUAUUUACGUAAAAAUAAUAUUCAGAAUCUCAAUGAAAUAUCUUAUCUGCAAAACCUACCGGCGCUCAAAUCUUUGUGGCUGGAGGAGAAUCCCUGCUGUGAGGCUGCGGGACCAAACUAUCGCUCGAUUGUAUUACGCGCGUUACCCAACCUCAAGAAACUGGAUAAUGUGGACAUCACACAGGAGGAGAUGGACGAAGCACUGCGCGGCGUUGGUACACCUGCCGAGGAUGAUGUCUAUGAGGAUGCCUAUGAGGCGAAACAGCAUCAACAGCGCAGCUCUCCGCAGCAGCAGCCAUUGCAACACUCACCGCCACCACCACAUCAGCAGCAGCAGCAGCAGCAACAACAACAACAGAUGCAGAGAAGCAGCUCGAGUCCCAUGAAAGAGCCGCCACAAUUAGCAAGUCCGCUUGCAAAUAACUCGGAUGGAAGUGUAACCAAUAACAUCACUGAUUUAUAUAGUAAUCAAGUGCAAAACUCAAUGCCCCCAACACCCACAAAGGAACCCGCGCACCCGCCAUCGCCCAAAUAUAAUACUAUUACUAAAGAGCAACGCACUUCCUUUCAUCAAUAUGAUCACUCACCGGGCUCUGAUCAGGAGAGUCCACAUGUUGGUUACAGAGAGGUGCGUCCAACGCCUCUGCCGCCCAGCAUAUCCUCACACUCGAUGAAGGAAUACUAUCAGUCCGAUCGUUCACCAUAUCCAGCCCAUUAUCGGCACAGUCAAACCGAUCUAACCGAGUGGGAGGAGCAUCAGCAACAUACGACGCCUCAGGUGCAUCACAAUCCCUAUGGCAGCCAAAUGCAGUUACAUUAUCAGCAGCAGCGACGUAGUGCGGGACCCGAGACCUAUAGAAAUGGAAGUGCGCGGGAAAAUGGCGGUGAAUAUGAGGAAGAGCGACCUAGAUCUAGACGCCCCGAGGGUCGCUACAGUGAUUCGGUUAGCAAUGUGUCGGCCGCAGUUCUGAGUCAUUAUGGCGGAUUUCAUCGACGACCUGUCAAUCGAAAUUCCAACUUGUUGUCAGCCACUUUGUGCCUGGUCAAGGAGCUAGAUUAUGGUAGCCUGGAGGUCUUGGAGCACGCUGUGCGCUGUCGGCUUGAUGAAAUGGCGGGCGAAUGAUGAAGACGUCUCACUAAUCGUAUAUCGAUUAGCUAGUUACACACUUAAGGGCCUGCAAGGUCCAAAACUCAUAUGAAAUACGAGGGGGGAUAUUCGGUAAACUUUACAUAAAGACCAGACAAAAGACACUCAGCAAUAUGACAUCUCGAGAUAUUACUAAUACUUUAACGAACUACGAGAGUGACAAACGACAGAAACCACAAAUACUUAAACUUAUACUUGCCAAUUGUAACUUUAAUAAUGUAAACUUUUAUAAGCAUUGAUAAGUAACAAAUAUGGGAAAUAUUAAAAAUUGUAUAAACUAAACACUAAACUCA